AUGAAUAAUCAGAUAUAUAAUCUUACAAGUCCAAAUAAUAGUGAAACCAUAUUUUUACGAGACAAUAUAGAUACUUCUGAUAAAGAAUUCUCUGAUCAGUUAGAAUCAUCAACACAAGAUAGAAAAAGAAAACAUGCUGGAGGUAAAAAAAUUGAUGAGGUGUGGGAUGAUGUUAUUAAAGGUGAUACCUUCACUUAG